AUGGAAAGUGAUUCUUCGUACAGAGAACAUUCGAAAGACACGACAAUUUCCGCUUGUGUUUGGAAACUGCUACGCUACGGUCGAUUUCUCCCCGUGGGUAACGUUAACGUUAUCAGCGCAUGGAAGAUUUUCGAGUCCAGUGAAAGCACUGGCCAGCUGGAGCUGAAUAUUCUGGGCUCUGGUCAUCUGCUAGUAUCUCAAGGCCAGGAACUCAUGGAGGGCUUUUCUCUGCUCAAUGCACAGAGCUUCCUGAAAAUCCAGCACAAAUAUGACAGUCUGCUGUUCAACAUUACAAUGAAGGGUGAGAGCCGUUUGAUCCGACUGCAGUUUGCUGGCAGUAGUCGGGCAGAAGCGGCUGAGGUUUGCAGGAAGGCUGUGGAGAGGCUGCAGGAUUAUGUUCCUGUCCAGGAGCAUCUGACCACCCCUGCACCUGCUGCUCCAUCUGAUCCUGCAGAACCUGGACCGUCUACACAGCAGCAGCAGGCUCCUGAAGAUGCACCACAAGCAGCCCCUGCCGUUGCCAUGGGACCGCUGUCAAUCAAACACCUUUCUCAGUACUUCCUGGGUGAGCGUGAGCUGUCCCUGCCGAUGGCGUAUCAUCAGUGCACGCUGCCCUCUGGAGACCUGGAGGCACUACUGCGCGUCUGCCUGCUCGAUUCUGGUUUUCCUGCUUUCGUGGAGGAAGUCGAGAAGAAGAUGAAAGAGCUGAUGCAAGAAUGAGCACUUCAGGAUGAUAUUCUAUUGCCGAUCAAGAUCAUCAUUUCAACAAACGCCUCCGGGAAAUCAUACCGCAAGACUUUUUGCAAAUAUUCU